CUCUGGUUCGUGUCUGAAAUCAGAUAUUCAUAUACAGGAUUAGUUAUUUUCUGUAAAUCCAUUUAUUAUGGACGGCGACUCGAGUGUGGAAAAACAGAUGAGUUCUAACCGGAAAAGAAAGGCAGAAGACAUCGAGUUUGCAGACGGAAAGAUUGCUAAAACAGAAACCGGAUCCGAGUCUUGCUUAGAUGAGCCAGAGGAUAAGGAAAAAGUUCACGAAGUCAUAACCUUUAAGCCGUCUCAUCUAUCAGCUCAGUACUAUGAUAUGGACACAACUGAGCCCAUCAGCUCGGCCGUGAACUCUUUAGAUGAGCUCCUUUCCUGGACGUGCAGUGCAAAUCCGUUCAACAAGGCCACCGUCCCCUUGCAGAAAAGAUUGCCAUCGCUGAAAGACUCUAAGAUGAGAACACUCGUCUGUCAUGACAUGAUGGGAGGAUACCUGGAUGACAGGUUUAUUCAGGGUGCAGAAGUGGACACGCCGUAUGUGUUCUAUCACUGGAACUAUAUCGACAUCUUCAACUACUUCAGCCAUCAUAUGGUGACCGUUCCUCCUGCCAUGUGGACUAAUGCUGCUCAUAAACAUGGCGUCCUCUCACUAGGCACCUUCAUCACAGAGUGGAAGCAGGGAGGAGAAAUAUGUGAGGUUUUCCUGGCUGGGGAGGAACAGUAUCGCUCAGUUGCUGAUAAACUGGUGCAGAUUGCGCAUGGUUACGGGUUCGAUGGCUGGCUGAUAAACAUAGAAAAUGUGCUGACUGAAGGUUCUGUGAAACACAUGGCUCCGUUCUUGCGCUACCUCACUGAGCAGAUGCACGAGCAAGUUCCAGGCAGUUUGGUGAUCUGGUAUGACAGCGUUCUGGAAGAUGGUUCUCUAAAAUGGCAAAACCAACUCAAUAACAGUAACAGGGUCUUUUUCGACGCAUGUGAUGGGAUUUUUACCAACUAUAACUGGACGGAGACCAGUCUGGAGGAUAUGGCAAUGGAUUCGGCAGCACAAGGGCGUCUGGCCGAUAUUUACGUCGGCAUCGAUGUGUUCGCAAGAGGAGAAGUAGUUGGAGGGAUGUUUGAAACGAAUAAGGCUCUUGAAAUGGUGCGUAAAUAUGGACUUUCUACAGCCAUCUUUGCUCCUGGUUGGGUUUAUGAGUGCCAUGACAAGGUGGAUUUCCCUAAAAACCAGGACAAAUUUUGGGGCUUAUUAUCAGACUAUCUCUACAUCCAUCAUCCUGAGUGUCCACUUCCCUUUGUAUCAUCGUUCUGUCAGGGUUAUGGAAAGAGCUUCUACUGGAGAGGGAAAAUAGAGCAAGACAGAACCUGGAUGAAUCUGAGUGCUCAGGAACUGCAGCCUCUUUAUGUGAAAAAGAAGUUGGAGCAAGGAGGCUGCAUUCAGACUCGGGCCUGCUCAGAGGAAGUCUGGACUGGAGGGAGUUCACUACUGCUGGAGGGGACCAUACCCGAAUCCAUGUCCAAAAUCUGUACCAGGAUAAUUUCACUCCACGUGCCACUGACCUCCAAGGUGCUCAUCUCCUGUGUCCACCGUCCAUCAAAAGGAGUGAAUGUCUUUUUAGAGCUCCGAACCACAGACGCUAAUCUCUGCACUAACACAGAGCCCGAGGAAAUGUCAAUCAGUAAUGUGAUUCCGAAGCAGUUGGAUGAAGAUCAUGAGCUAGUGAAGCGGUUCACUGAGAGCUGUGGAGAACUGAAAGCCGAUGGCUGGAUCACCAGGUGUUUCCUGCUGGACGUGACCGGUUGUGCUCUGAGAGAGGUGUGUGUCGGUGUAUCUCGCAAUAAAGCAGAAUCGGAGAAUCUUCCGUUUAACUGCAGAAUCGGAGAGAUCAUGGUGUUGGAUGUAGAGAGUCUCCACAGUCCUCUGUUGCCCAUCCAGAACAUACGUGUGUGUGAUGUGGUGUGGUUAAAAGGAGAUGUUGAUGUAAAUGGAAAAGCUGCAAAGGUAUUUUUGAACGCUACUCUACACUGGCAGUGUCCGAAUCAUCUCGUACGAUAUUUCCGUGUGUUCUGGCGGCACGUGCGUGGUCCAGACCCACGUGUUGGACCUGGAACGCCCAUUCUUAUCGGCCGGUCAUAUUCAUCACAGUACCGCGUGGUUGAGGUUGAAGUUGAACAUUUUGCUGGAGUGAUGGAACUGCUGGUGGAGCCGGUGAGCAGAGAAGGGUUUAGCUUACCCGAGUCACAAUGGGGGAGACAGACACUGAGCUAUACAGCUUCUACUGAUAAAUGAAUUUUUUUUUGUUUUUUAUUUGUACACCAACUUAUUGCUAUCAGUAUGAGCUAAGUGCUGCAUAAUUAACACCUCAUUUUUAUGUAUUUUUGCAUUUAAUAAAAAUACCUUCUCCUGCCACUUUCGCUGAAUGCCUUUAGCUGAAUGUGGACACCUGACCAUGGCACACAUGCUUGCUGAACAUUUUAUUCCACCUUUAAUCCUCCUUUUGCAGUCACUCACUCAAUUAACGUCUGUACUACUUUAUUCUGUAUAAAGGAUCCCAGGAGAUUUUCGGCACGAGGCAGGUCCCAUACACCCUGGAUGGGGUGCCAAUCCAUCACAGGGCACACACAUACAAACACACUCACAUGCUCAUUUACACACUAUGGGUAAUUUGAGGACGCCAAUUAGCCCAAUCUUCAUGUCUUAUGGACUGUGCGCGGAAAUCAAGGCACAUGGAGAAAACACACCAAGCGCAGGGAGGACAUGCAUACAGACCAGAGGCGGAAAUCAAAUAAGGACCAUGAUGGUGCAAGGAGACAGGGCUAACCACUAAGCCACCAUGCCGCCUUUCCCCCUUUGCAAUGUAAUAAUAAUUACAAUAUAAUUACAAUUACUGUCAUAUUUUCUACUAGAUUAGAGUGUCUGGAGGAACCAAAAUAGAUGUGUUUAAUAAAGCACACAGUAAGAACACUGUGCCAAUGAUGAGUUACAGUCAA